CGCGUCAUGAUGGACAUUUCUUAACACAGAAUAAAAGUUGAAUCUAUCAAGAUGAAAGUAAAUGUCGAAGAAAAAUCCUCUGCAUGCGAGCCCAUUUUCUUGUCGUGCACUUCCGACAGGUUCGUGGUGUCAAAUCGAAUACUAUCUUCUGAAAAGCAAACGAUUAGUGAUCCACGCAACAAAAUGAUGAAGUUGAUGAAGACCAUAAAACUGCUACGACGGACCCUGUCUACACUAUCCUACCAAGCAAUUACGAGGAUGUUGUUUUCUCCAGACCAGUCUCUUCUGAUUCUUUCGUGCAUACACUAUCUAGCAUAUCACACUGAAUUUUCAUACAAGAUUCCUUUCUUGUUAUAUUCUCAGAUGAACAAAUACAAAAGUAAUUCCGCAAAAAAAUUUCGACCCUAAAAUUCUAAAGGAAUAUCGUCAUAUUCAUCUUUUUUUCUUUAGCAUAAAGUUUGCCUAUUCGUAGGUAGAGCGCAGAUACAAGGAAGUGGGUACAUUUCUUUCUCUGUCAGAGAAAGUACAGCGGUAACAAGAAAACUAAAGAAGAAGGAAAGAUGUCGUACCUCACCAUCGUUGCCCCUGGGCGAUUUCUUGAUGGCAUUGUAGUGUCAUUCUUCGUGAUGGUUGUCGCAGGCCUCUCGCUCUUCGUCUUUGGGACAUUUCACCACUAUGUCUGUAUUAGCAUGAUUUAUUUCUUUCGCUUAUCUCUCUUCUCUUCAGAGAUCGAUGACGAAGCAACUUCUCUCCAUGUGUGUCGGUAACUAAGAACUGCAGCACUUGUAGAUAACUUUUUUCAAGGCCGUGCAAUCUCGACUUCUCAUAAAAAUCCCCGUUUUACAACACUAGGUGUGUCCGAAGCAAAGAAACUCGGCAUGGUAGCGGUGGUAUUCGACAAGAUCUUUCCAAUGCCGGGAAAGAAAUGGGCUUUUAACCUGACGCAUACUUUGCUGCUAUCGAUUCUGAUUAGUCUGCAGUCUAUGAUGCAUCACCCCGCUCAAGAUUACCUGGAGGAGAACGCGAUCCUCCAGAAAAAGAAGCGCGAAAAGGCAGAAGCCAAGGAAGAGAAAGGAGGAAAAGAAGCGUAGACGAUACUCGAAUGGAGGUUUGGGUUCGCUCACUCUUCCUCUUCUUCAUAAGAUGUAUGCAGAAGAAGGCAAAAGAGUAGUAGUUGCCGAGCAGCCAGAAAACUAUGACUAGUUGUCGUGUACAACACCACGCAAUUACAAUACCUGGCUGGUUCGACGUUGAGAAGCCGGUCAUGAAGAGGAGGCACGAGCAGGUUUCUCAUACUCAUACAUCUGACGUGUAGUUUUUUGCAAUGUUGAGCAGCUGUCAGGACCACAUAGCACGUCAUGGCGAUUGCAGAAGCACGAUUGCAUGUCCUUCGCAGUCCCCCCAAUCACCAUACCUAUCAUAUAGAUCAGGAUGAAACUAACUACAUUAACUUACCAAACCAGUUUUUUUUGUCAAACCAUGGGUUACACUCAUAGACACUAGAAAACGAGCCACCUGUCAGAGGAAGAAGUCAGUUUAGAAAAUGACGUUUUUUUCGAAAAAGUCAAAGUAGUUCUGUUGGCGAAGGACGUUGCUGUCCCGGGUACAUACUUUCAUAUUUCCAAGUCCCUAGUUGUUUACAAGCCCCCCAAGACAUGUAACAAGCGCACCCGCGCAUAACAGGCCACGGCAUAUCCUUGAAAACGAUAAUGGUUUCAACACAUUGAAACCAAAUGCGCUACGGCAAUUUGCUUUUGCCUUCAGGAAGAACACUGUUCUACCCCACGCCUACUCUUACCUAACAAUUUCAAGGAAAAGCCAC